CUCAACUCCUCACUCCCUACUCCAGACUCCCCCAAACCCCGACCGCCGGCCUGGCGCGCGGCUGCGCCUACCGGCUCCGCGCCGCCGCCGCCGUCGCCGCCACCGCCACCGCCACCGCCACCGCCCGGCCGAUCCCCCGGUCCGCGGCCGUCCGGCGAGUGUCUGGACCAGCCAGCCGCAGCCCGCGCCUCGGUGCCCGCCGCCUCGCUGCGCCCCGGCCGGGCGUGGAUGGAGGGCGCCGCGCGCGCUGCCCGCUGUUCGGCGUGACGCGGGCCCCGCGCCCCGCGCCCACCAUGUCCUACCCGCAGGGCUACCUGUACCAGGCGCCCGGCUCGCUGGCGCUCUACUCGUGCCCGGCCUACGGCGCGUCCGCGCUGGCGGCACCGCGUAGCGAGGAGCUGGCGCGCUCGGCGUCGGGCUCGGCGUUCAGCCCGUACCCGGGCUCCGCGGCCUUCACCGCGCAGGCGGCCACCGGCUUCGGCAGCCCGCUGCAGUACUCGGCCGACGCCGCUGCCGCCGCCGGCUUCCCGUCCUACAUGGGCGCGCCCUACGACGCACACACGACCGGGAUGACGGGCGCCAUCAGCUACCACCCUUAUGGGAGCGCGGCCUACCCGUACCAGCUCAACGACCCGGCGUACCGCAAGAACGCCACGAGGGACGCCACGGCCACGCUGAAGGCCUGGCUGCAGGAACACCGCAAGAACCCCUACCCCACCAAGGGCGAGAAGAUCAUGCUGGCCAUCAUCACCAAGAUGACCCUCACGCAGGUCUCCACCUGGUUCGCCAACGCGCGCCGGCGCCUCAAGAAGGAGAACAAGAUGACGUGGGCCCCGAGGAACAAAAGCGAGGAUGAGGACGAGGAGGACGGCGACGCAGCGCGGAGCAAGGACCAGAGUCCGGACAAGGCGCAGGAGGGGGCGGAGACUUCGGCAGAGGACGAAGGGAUCAGCCUGCACGUGGACUCGCUCACGGAUCACUCGUGCUCGGCCGAGUCCGAUGGGGAGAAGCUGCCUUGCCGCGCCGGGGACCCCCUGUGCGAGUCGGGCUCAGAGUGCAAGGACAAAUACGACGACCUGGAGGACGACGAAGACGACGACGAGGACGACUGCGAGCGGGACCUGGCGCCGCCCAAGCCGGUGACCUCGUCGCCGCUCACCGGCGUGGAGGCGCCGCUGCUGAGCCCCGCGCCAGAGGCUGCACCCCGCGUGGGCGGCAAGACCCCCCUGGGCAGCCGGACGUCGCCGGGCGCGCCACCGCCAGCCAGCAAGCCCAAGCUCUGGUCGCUGGCCGAGAUCGCCACGUCGGACCUUAAGCAGCCUAGCCUGGGCCCGGGCUGCGCGCCCCCGGGGCUGCCCGCUGCUGCUGCGCCCGCCUCUGCCGGGGCCACCCCGGGCGGCUCGCCCUACCCCGCCUCGCCGCUGCUCGGCCGCCACCUCUACUACACGGCGCCCUUCUAUGGCAACUACACAAACUACGGGAACUUGAACGCGGCGCUGCAGGGCCAGGGCCUCCUGCGUUACAACGCGGCUGCCGCGGCCCCAAGCGAGGCGCUACACGCGGCGCCCAAGCCGGCCAGCGACGCGGGCAAGGCGGGCGCGCACCCGCUGGAGCCACACUACCGGCCUCCGGGCGGCGGAUACGAGCCCAAGAAAGAUGCCAGCGAGGGCUGCACGGUGGUUGGCGCAGGCGUCCAGCCCUACCUAUAGAAGGGCCAUGCUCAGCGGUGCAAGUAAGUGGGCACCCCGUGCUGCUGGACCCGGGAGGCUCCUCCAGUUGUCAGCUUGCUGCAAGUGCUGUGGAGCCACCUCUCCUGGGGUCCCCCUCCCUUUAAGGUGGGGGAGUAUCUGCUCUGUUUAUAAAUUCCUUCUUCUGCUCAAAUUCUGCAUUGAAAAAUCACCCUCACUGCAAUGUAUAUGACAACACUGCUAUUGUUUUCUCUUUGGAAAAAUAGACGAUUAGAAUCUGGGCAUUUGUGUGUCCUUUGGAGCAGCUCUCACUGUGCUAGAAAUGUAGCAGACACCUGCUUUGAUGAGGAAAGCUUCCCAAACUCAGCCCAGAAGCCUUUGUAGAUAGAUGUUGCCAGCGGAGCGGAGGAGGCCCAAAGCAGUGGCUGUUAGCAGGCCUGCGCUGGGCUCCUGUCCUGAAGGCCCAGACCAGGCCCUGCAUUUCUCCUGGCCCUUUAAAAUGCAUUCCUCUACUGCCAGACAAAAUUACUGAUCCCGAGUCUUGACCAGGGGAAGGGGAGGUGGAACUGUUAUUGGUGUGGGGCUGAAGGAUUUGGGAAUGCUUACGGUUUUUCCCUUGGUCCACAGGUAGGUGUCACAAUUGCUUUGGAAAAAAAAAUCAGCAGGCCAUUCUGUCUUCCCAAGCUCAUACAUACACAGCUAGAAACACCAGGUCUCUAGAUCCCAACUGUACCUUGUGCCACUGUAAAACCGAAGGCCCAGCACACACUGUCAGCCACAGAACCCAGGACUGCAGCCCACUGUGGUGUGGACAUGUGUGUGUGUGUGUGAACCUGUCCGCAUAGUGUAGCUUCCCCCGUGUACGUGUGACUUUUGAAAACAAUCUGUUUUUUCUCAGGAUAUCUUGAAUUGAUCACUUCAUUGCCACGGUAUAUAUUCUAUAGGUGUGAUAGGAUUUACUGUAAAAUUUAUUUGUAAAAGAUGUACACAGUAGAAACAAAACGUGAUUGAAGAACUUGAGUACUUCACAAGUGGAAACAAAUUUGAUAUUUAUUUUUAUAAUGAUAUAAAGCUUCUAGUAAUUUAUGCAAGUUGUAUUGCAAUGGAAUCUAAACUUUUGUAAAUAAAUUCUGCCUGGUUUUUAUUUGAACAUUGCUGGUUAUACAAUCUUUGUUGGUUGUUUAACAUGAAUUCUUUACUAAUUUAUAUCUUAAAUUGUAAAUAAAAACACACUAGCCUACAGUAGUACAGUGUUUGGGGCUCAUUUUUCCAGAAGAGAGGUUGGAAUCUGGAGCCCUGAGGCUGGGAUCCUAUGGGUGAGAGCAGCUCUUCUUUUUAAUGAAAAGCUGGGUGAAAUAAACUCACGUUUCUUGCCCGCUCAUAAAGAAAAGAAAACACAGGCAGAUGGAAGAGAUCUACAUUAGGGAGAUACAUGUGGUUCUAGAGUAUUUAUAUACAAAUGUAUUGCAAAAAAAUUUUGUUUUCUGAAUAUGCAAAGUUCCUUGUUAGUGUAAAUUUUUAAGACUUGGAAAAUAAAAUGAUUUGACACU